GGCAUCAAUACGCACGCAUCGUCUUCUCAUCUUACGCUGUUUUCUCUCUGCCCUCCCCUUGUUAUUUCUGAUAUAAACUGGGAGGUUUCAUCCGCUGGAGCCCAGAAAGCUCUGUGCGUGUGCGUGUGUGUGUGUCUCGCCAGCCUGAGGACAUUGCUCCAAACUUCUCUGAACGAUUAGUCUUAUUGCAGAGCUCUCCCGCAAAAUAAGCCAUGACUCUCCGGGAUUGUGCCCUCUGGAUUUUCGUAUUUAUCAGCUUGCUGCACGUGUCCAGGCAGGGCGAGUACCAGAGGAAGCUGUACAGAGAGUUGAUGAGGAAUUAUAACAGCCUGGAGAGGCCAGUGGCCAACGACUCUCUGCCCCUCACAGUCCAUCUCACUCUCGGCCUCAUGCAGAUCAUGGAUGUAGACGAGAAGAAUCAAGUGCUGACCACCAACGUCUGGCUCCAAAUGCAAUGGAAUGAUUACUAUUUACAAUGGAAUGUGUCUGAGUACCCUGGAGUAAAGAAUGUCAGGUUCCCUGAUGUGAACCUUUGGACUCCAGAUAUUCUUCUAUAUAACAGUGCUGAUGACCGGUUUGAUGCCACGUUUCAUACCAAUGUUUUAGUGAAUUCAACAGGACACUGCCAGUGGAUACCACCAGGGAUUAUGAAAAGUUCUUGCUACAUAGAUGUGCGUUGGUUUCCCUUUGACAUCCAGAGGUGUGAUCUUAAAUUUGGCUCUUGGACCUAUGAUGGCUGGCUGCUAGACCUGCAGAUGCUAGAUGCUGACAUCAGUGGCUACAUUCCCAAUGGGGAGUGGGAUCUUGUGGGAAUGCCUGGGGAAAGAACUGAAUCAUUCUAUGAAUGUUGUCAGGAGCCAUAUCCUGCCGUAACCUUCACUGUUGUUAUGAGACGCAGGACACUCUACUAUGGAUUAAACUUGCUCAUUCCCUGUGUCCUUAUCUCAGGCCUGGCUUUGCUGGUCUUCUUGCUACCUGCUGACUCCGGGGAGAAAAUUUCUUUGGGGAUCACAGUUUUAUUAUCACUUACUGUCUUUAUGCUCCUUGUGGCAGAGAUCAUGCCUGCAACUUCAGACUCUGUCCCAUUAAUUGCUCAAUACUUUGCCAGCACUAUGAUCAUUGUCGGUCUGUCAGUGGUUGUCACUGUUUUUGUGUUGCAAUAUCAUCACCAUGAUCCAGAUGGUGGCAAAAUGCCGAAUUGGACUAGGAACAUUUUGUUGAACUGGUGCGCCUGGUUUCUGCGCAUGAAAAGACCAGGUGAGGAUAAAGUUCGCUCAGCUUGUAAUCAAAAGCAGCGACGAUGCAGUGUGUCCAGUGUGGAGAUGAAUACUGUGCCUGGCCAGCAAUCUGUCAAUGGAAAUCUACUCUAUAUUGGCUACAGGGGUAUGGGAGGAAUUCACUGCACCCCAACCACCGAUGACUCGGGGGUCAUCUGUGGUAGAAUCGAUUGCCCUCCAACGGAGGAUGAUCACUUAAUCCACAACUGUCACCCUUCUGACCCAGAACUGUCUAAAAUCUUGGAUGAAGUAAGGUACAUUGCCACCAGGUUUAGAGACCAAGAUGAGAAUGACUCUAUAUGUAAUGAGUGGAAAUUUGCAGCCUCUGUAGUAGACAGAUUAUGUCUUGUAGCUUUUUCUGUUUUCACGAUCAUCCUUACUAUAGGUAUUUUGAUGUCUGCCCCAAACUUUGUUGAGGCAGUGUCCAAGGAUUUUGCUUAACACAUUACAAUGUGCCACGAAUUACACUAAUACAUCGUUGCUGUUCUAUAAUAAAGUGAUGUUUUAAAUGAAGAGGAAGAAAUUGUGUAUUGAAUUUGAGGUGCAUAGUCCAAUGCUUGCCCUGUGAAUGUUAUGUGGGUCACAAAAUGUGAUCCCAAGUGCCAUAUUUAAUGAAAUUCACUAAAGUCAACUCUAAUGAAUUGGACACAUGUCAAGUCUAAAGUGGAUUAAACUCAAGCCUUCAAGUUAUUUUUAUUCUUGUGAUCUUCUGGUUCACUUUGAUUUCAAACUGAUGAUAUCAAAUGACAAAACAUAUAAGGUUCAAAAAACGCUCUUAAUCUAAUUUCACUUAUUGCAAAAAUCCUGUUUAGUUGUAAGACUCUUAAGAACAAUAUCUACUGCUGAACAAGCAAAUAUAUAAUAAU